AUGAUUGGAAAUAUAAUUCAAGCAAUUGGUGAAUUAUUAAAUUGCAAAGUAGAUUUUCUUUGUACAGCUUAAUUGACAAGUGAUAAGAAAUAUUUUGCUGUUGUGGCAAGUGAUAGAUUAUUAUUUAUAGCAAGCAAAUUAGAAAAAGUAGAAAUGUCAUUAGAGUAUGGUAAAAUAAAAGGAAUUGUUAUAUCAACUAGAGUACCAACUAUGUUCUAAAUUCAUACAGAUAUUAUUAUUGAUGUUUAUGCACUUGAAAGAAAACAAUUAAUAUAAGCAUUAAGAUAUUCAUGGAUGACAGAUUUUAUGCAUAAAAAUUUCUAAUUUAAAUAGUUACCAAUGUUUAAAGAUGAUAUCAAAUCUAAUAUUUAAGAUAAGCAACCAGUUCUUCCUAAUCUCAUGUUUACUAAACAAGGUAAAUAAAUGUUUAGAAAUAAAAAUUACACAUUUAGUUUACCAGAUGAAUAUGAAGCAACAUAUCAAGAUGGUGUCUAUGUACAUAAAGAAAGUUAAUAAUGCAAAAUAGUUGUUUAAAUAACAGAUCCAAUGCCAACUUAAUUAUUAAGUUAACUUGGGGAAAAGGCUAAUCUAUAAUAUUAUUCUGAAAUGUUUUUAGAAAUUGUUUUAAAAGGAAUCAAUUCAAAAGAUGAUAGUGUAAAAUAAGGAACUAAUCAAAAAAGUUAGGAUAGUGAUGAAGAAGGUAAAAAGUAAGAAGAAGAUGAAUAGAAUAAAUAAAAAGAAGAGACUCUUGAUUAUUGGAUUAUUUCUUCACAUAAUUACAAAAAAAGAUCUAAUUUAAUGAAUGAUAUCUCUGAAUGGUUUGGAUGGGAAUUACAUGCAAGAACUUAAGUUUAAGAUAUUUUUAUUAUUAUCUUAAGAAGAAUACAUAUUCCUCCUCUUUUUGAAACAUAUCAAGAGAUCUUAUUUGUUUUAUAUGGAUAAGAAUAAAAUGCCAAAGAGUAGGUCUUAGUUAAUGAUAGAGAUCUUUUAAAAUUAACCUUAGAAUAGGAUUUGGAAGAGCAUGCUUUUAAAAACGUUCUUAGAAAUGCUAUUGAUUCCUUAUAAUGUAAAAUGUUCAUAUUUGAGAAACAAUAUCAGAUAUUUAUAUAGUUAUCUGCUGACAGAUUAUUAUAUAACAGAUAAACCUUAAAUUUCAUUUAUAAUAAAUUCAAAAUAUUUCCAUAAUUUAUGAGUUAUGCCUUAAAAUAUCUUAAAUUGUUAUUCUAACGUUUAGUUUUAUAUGAUAAAGAAAGAUUUUUAAUAUUAGAUAAAGAAUUAACUUAGAAAUAUGGUUUUAUUUUGAAUAAUCUUAAAGAUUAUAUGACAGAUGGCAUUUAAAUAGAAGAGAAUCUCUAAGCUUUAUUUGAUGCAUUUGAAUAGGCUUCAUUUGUAAGGGAUAAAUCAGGAAAUGAAGAAGAGAGAAAAUUUGUUUGGUAACAAAAAUUAUCUAAUUAUUUGGGUAUUUGUUUUGAUGGUUUAUUAAUGGGGUCAGCAUUUAGUUUUAAAGAUUUAGUUCCUGUUUUGUAGGCAAAAGUAAGUAUGGAAUUAAAAACAAUAAUCUUAGAAUUAUUUGAUUAUUGUUUAUAUGCUGUACCAAAAAAGGAAUGUAGACCAAUUAAGAAGGGUAAUUUCAUUAAGAAAUUAGAAGAAUUAGCAUCAAAUAAAUAUUAAUAUAAUGUGAAUAUAGCCAAAUCUUUAAUUGAAGCUAACUUUUUUUCUUAAGAAGUACUUCUUUAAGAAAGAUCAGGAUUAUACAGUAGCUUAAUAUGUUAUUUUCUACAAUCUGAUAAUGUAGAUUUGAUAGUCGCUAUCUGUCGUCAUAUUAUAAAUUUUUAGGCUGAAAUUAAACAUACUACUGGAUUGACAGAAGCUAUGAUAACAGCAUUUAAACCAAUUUCAGUUGAAUUAAUUAGAUUAUAUAGAAGUCAUAAUAGGACUAUAGCCACUUUAGCAUGUGCAUCAUUGUUCAAUUUAUGUACAAAUUCAAGAGAAUUUAAAUAUAUAAUAUUAAAUGAUGAUGGAGCUGCAUUACUUGUUAGUAAGUUAGUGACAAAAGAUAAUUUUUUAUUACAUUUUGCUUUGAAGUAAAUAAAUUAAGUAAUUUAGAUUAAUAUAUUGUGUAAUGAGUAUUACAUAAAAUAUUGAGAAAUUAUUGGCAGCAAAUUUAACUGAUUAUUUGUAUAAAAUAUUAGAAGGACCAUAAAUUAAAGGAUGUUAAUAUGAUGCUAGAUGUCUCAUUACAACAUGUUAAAUCUUAAGUGUAUGUUUAGUGAGUGAAGUAGAAUUAAGAAAUAUAGAUCACUUAUUAAUUUUAUUGUAUAAUAUGGUCACUACUUAAGCUGACUAAUAUUUUUUGGAUUAGGAAGAGUCUGUUAAUUUAAAAAGUGAAGCUCUCUAUGUUAUGAGUAAAAUGUGUCAUAAAAGUGCUGAAGUUAAGAAAAAGAUAAAUUAGGAAUGCGUACCUUAUUUGUUGAAAUUAAUGGAAAAAUUAACUUAUCAUUAAGUGUAAGAGAAAAUUAUUAUGUUGUUAUGUAUUCUUAUAAAAGAAAAUAAAGAAUGGGCUUUAGAAUGGUUAUAAAUGUAAAUAAAAUUAUAAGAUAUAUUAACUACAUAUCAUAACAAUGAUAUACAAUCAUCAAAUUAUUUAUUAUCUUAAAUCAAAUUUAUAGAUGAUGAAGCAAAGAAAGUUAAAAAUGAAGAAAUGAAAAGAUCAAAGCUAGCUCCUACAGCUAGUGUCAUUGCAGAAUAAAUGAUGGAAUAAUUAUAAUAAUAAGAAUCUACUAUUUAGGAUAAUAAAAAAUCAAUGGUUAGUGAAGCAAGAUCUUCUAUGAUUGAGGAUUCAAGGAUAACUGCAUCUAAUAUAAAUAAUAAAUCUACCAUAAAUCCUAGUUAAUUUAAGAAAUCUUCAGCUUCUUGA